AUGUUUUGCGGCGGUGGAUUAUUGCGGACCGUUGGGAAAGAAAAGAAGGUCGCCGCCGCCGCCGCCGCCGCCGCCGCUGCCGUCAGUGGCAAGGCCGCUAGUAGUAGUGCCGGCAGGAGGAGGAAGAAGACGGCAACGGCGCAGGCUGCAAGCGUGAUAGAUGAGGAUUCUGCGCACAUUAUUCACGCCACGGAUUCCACGCGUACUCGCUUUGAUGGGGAGGUAUCGCACCCCUCGUACGGGGGCGCCGCCGCUGGCGCCCGUGGCCGCAGGAGCCAGCGCAGCGAUGAGGAGGUGCUGCGUGUGGCCGAGCGCAUGCAGCGGCGGGACCUCACAGGGGAGGUCCCCGUGGCGUCCUUCGCCUACGAAAUACUGAAGGCGCACCCGUCCGUGCGGCAGAUGGGGCUGCGGGAGCGCAUGGCGUUUCUCUGCGACCGCUGGGAGCGGCUCAGGAAGGAGGAGCGGCAGGCGUACCUCGACGACCCGCUCAAAGGCCUCCUCUAA